AUGACUGCCCGCGCCACGGCAACGUUCCUCCCCGUCCUCUCCCUGCUCCUGCUCCGUGCCGGCGCGGACGACGACUCGGCGUUCGUGUACGCCGGCUGCUCGCAGGGGCGCUACGACGCCGGGACGCAGUACGAGUCGGGGGUGGACUCCGUGCUCACAUCCCUCGCCAACAGCGCGCCCUACACCCCCUACGCCAACAUCACUUCUCCCUCGGCUUUACCCCCCGUGGCCGGCCUCUACCAGUGCCGCUCCGACCUCCCGGCCUCCGUCUGCACCGGCUGCGUGCGCUCCGCCAUCGCCAGGCUCUCCUCCCUCUGCUCCUGGUCCGCCGGCGGCGCCGUGCAGCUGCGCUCGUGCUUCGUGCGCUACGGGAACGACUCGUUCGUCGGGAAGCCGAACACGGCCGUGCUCUUCAAGAAGUGCGGCGGCUCGCCCGGGGACGCCGGCGGCGCCGCCAUGAGGGACUCGGCUCUCGGAGGGCUCGCGUCCUCGGUGGCGCCCGCCGGGGGAGGCUACCGCGCCGGCGGAGCGGGGGGCGUGCAGGCCAUGUCGCAGUGCGUGGGGGACCUCGACGCCAAGGCGUGCUCCGACUGCGUCUCGGCAGCGGCCGCGCAGCUCAAGGCCGGGUGUGGCUACGCCUCAGCCGGCGAAGUGUACCUCGGCAAGUGCUACGCGCGCUUCUGGUCCAACGGUGGAGGCUUCGUCAGCGGCGCAAGCUCGGGAAAUGGAUACGGAUUUGUUCCGCGCAUGCACGGUGAGCGGCUGGCUCUUGCUGUCGCUGGUUUCUUCGCUUCGUUGGCCUACUUUUCAGUUCUACUCGUCUAG